UGCCAUCUUGAAGCAUUUCAAAGUUUGGGCAGAGAUACCGGAGUAUGGUCUCGUGCGCUGAUGUAAAUCCACGAUAGCCGAGGAUUUUAUUUGUCUGGUGAGGGUUGGUGCUGAUGAGAGGUUAGAUACCUGUGCUGCCAGUGUAUUCCACAAUCUCCUUUUCCUCUCCCCUUUCACCCUCCUCCGAUUCUUACCACAUGCUACCCGUACUUCAAUUGGACCGCCGACGAAGGGGGUUGAAACAGGUAUUCCUCUGCUCUUAAUCAGUCUAUUGAUUGACCGGUCUCUACUCAUCUAUUCCUUUGUUUGUUUCUCCAUUUCUCCUCCUUUUGCUUUAUUUGUUACGGUCACGCACGUUUGUACCCUGUACGGUACAGCUGUGUUGUACUCGCUCGCUUGCUGGCCCGGGCCUCGUUCCUGCCUUGCGACCGUCGUUUUCAUCGCUCCCAACCAUCGACACACCCGAUUCACCGUUCCAACAACAAAUCUUCCCCCUCACCCCUCGACCACUUUCCACCAUCGUCGGGUGCUCGAUAGUGUCGGCAUAUACUCGCAUCACACUGAGGAAUCUACAGCUUUUUAGCAACAUAUUCCCGCAGCCGCCCAGAGGGACAUAAUGAGCUCGACGGGUGAGCGUAAUCGUCUUCCUACCUUGUUUGAGGUUCUCAGCAGGAGAACCUUACCACCCGUGGAUUUGUUCUCGUUUUACAUUUACAUGAGAGAUCAGCAACGCUCUGUGGAUUAUCUAGAUUUCUGGUAUGUCACCGUGGUGGGGGGGGGGGGGGGGGUUCAUUCUACUGCCUGGGGAGAGAGGAGGAGUCGUUAUUUUCAGCCGUUGGCUGGGGCAGUGGCUUGAGGUUCUGGCUAACGUUUGAUUGUCUGUCCAGGCUUGACGUCGCUCAACACAUCUCGCUUUGUCGACACUAUGUCCGCGAACUCCGCCGGAGUGUAUUGAUCUCUACGCCUGAUCUAGACAAGGGCAGCAAGAGGUCAUCGGGAGCUCCGGAAGACCUCCUAGGUGAUGAGGGUUUUGAAAUGAAGAGCGACGAUCAGCGGCUCUCUGCAUUCCUUCGUUCUGAAGGCACAUCCGACUCUCCCGCCCGCCGCUCCAUGGGCGACACGCUGGAAACUCCGGGAACAGGUCGUCCAUCGUUCAUGUCCUCCUCCGCGCUUGAUCCCAAUACCGACUCGACUUCUCCCGGCCACACAGUUACGAGGAACGAUCUGCGUGCUUCUGCCGAAAAAAUUCUAUACACUUUCCUCUUGCGGGGCGCUGAGCGCGAGAUUGUCCUGCCAGAAGUCAUCCUGCAGUCGAUUUCCAAUGCGAUUGAAGUGGAGGCGCGUGACGAUCCUGCCAUUUUUGAUGAAGCGAAGGACUACGUUUUCCAGGCCAUGGAGCGGGACGCCUUUCCAGGAUUUUUGAGAGCGAAAGCCUUAGGAAAUCUCGUGCCCCCCAGUGCUACCCUUCGCUUGAUCAUAGGCCUCCUUGCCAUGUUUGGUGGUUUCUGGGCUGCUUUCGCACUCAUAUUCUUGGAUAUCAAACCAAAGAGUACCAGAUUAUGGGUUAGUCAUAUACUCGCCAAUCCAAACUCCCAUACCGCCACCGCUAACUAAUAAAUUAAACAAUCGCAGCUCGUCCUCCCUUUCUCGAUCGGCGUCUACUGCCUCAUGGCCCACCAAUACUCCCUAGAUCCCAUAAUGGGCCUGAUAGGAAUUAGCGAGUACACCCUUAUGUCCUUCACACGUGUCAAGGAGCCUUUCGUCCGUCGUUUACUCAGCAAGCGUUCUUUGUGGAUCCUUUCGCUUACCAUUCUCAUGGUCGCGGCGCUAACGUGCUUGUAUGUGUUUGUGCCGGGGAAAAGGUUAUAAUUGAUUAAUCAAUUGGCUUGGUUUCACUGGGAUUUCUUAGGUCUAUAUCAGAAUUAUGUGUCCGCGUGUUGGGUUAGCAGAGGCUCUCUUUUGUGAAUUUUUUCUUUCUUUCUUUUCUUUUUCUCUCCAGUGAUAUCCUACUAAAGCUUUUCUUCUGUCGGGGGUUGGGUUAGUUAGCAUUUGUUGAACGAGCGAGGGCGGAGUGGAGGGGCUGUUGUAUUGUAAUACUUUUUCUCCUUGUGAGGCUUUUAUCUACUGUUUGAUACCCGGUUUGCUUGUGGACUGUGGAUUGAUGGAUUGAUGGAUUGAUGGAUGGCUAGGCAGAGGUAAGGGGAAUGCGGUGGAGGGGCACCUAUGCAGCAUCAACCACGGCUCUUCUCUCUCUCGGUGUAUCUCGUGUUAGUUUUGCACAGCACAAUAGUAUUUACCUACCCAUUAACACUUGUUUGUCAUUUCUUGUCUGUGUUGUAGCGUAAAUGGUUAGGGGGCAUUUCAUUUACGCUUUGGAAUAGAUAUCCCUUGGAAGCUUCUUUGCGUCUUAACCGCGCGGGUCGCUCCUACUGCCGCGUGUACAGUAGUAACGUACUCGCAUGUC